AUGACGACGGAGUACUCCAAGGAGCAGGUCAUCGGUCUGGCCGUGGCCUUCAUGUUCCUGUCCAUAUUGUUCUAUGCCCUCCGUGUAUGGGCGAGGCUGUUGAUCGGCCGAUUCACCUUGGACGACUACCUGGCUGGAGGUGCACUGAUCCUUUCCAUCAUCUGCUGCGCCCUGCAGUUGGCAGCUGCCGUCGAAGGCCGUCUGGGCACUCACCAAGCCCUCCUCCCUGAUGGAACGGCUGACAUGAACGACCCGGGUCUGGCGUUCUUCGAAAAUUCCAAAUUCGUCAUGAACAUGCUCUCGAUCCUCGGGCUCGGACUCGUCAAAUGCUCGAUCCUCGUGCUGUACCUCAACCUCUUCCCCAGCACCACUUUCAAAUGGGUCACCUAUGGCAUGCUCGCAUAUGUCGGCGUGUGGACAGUCAGCUUCUUCUUCUCGCAUCUCUUCACCUGCUACCCGAUCGACACGUUCAUCGACUUCUUCGAGCACAAGAACUGUGUCAACCAGGCAGCCAUGUUCCUCACAGUUCUCUACACAAAUGUCGUCGCCGACUUUGCCAUCUUGGUCUUGCCGGUUCCCAUGAUCAUGGGUCUCCAGCUUCAGCUCAAGACUAAGCUGGCGGUCAUUGGCAUGCUGAGCCUGGGCGCUGCAACAUGCGCCAUCAGUGUUACUCGCGUCAUCGCCAUCACCAGCGUCGCAAACGAAUACGUGCGCCAUCCCAACGACAUCAUCUACUACACCGCGCCAGUCUUCUACUGGACAAACAUCGAACUCUCCAUGGCCGUCGUGUGCGCGUGCCUCCCGACCCUCCGACCCAUCUGGUUCCACUUCUACCCCAAGAAGGCCGUGACGGGGAGCAACUCGUACGAGUUCGGCUACGGCGCGUCGAGCAGCAGGAAGGGCACCGGCCGGAACAACAUCCGCAGCGCGCCGUACACGGAGAUCGACGAGAUGGAGCUGGGCGAGAACGGCAGCGCCAUGGGCAUGGGGGGCAGCGACGGCGCGUACCACAACCGCGAACAGUUGCCCAACGGCAGGUCCAAGGAGAUCGUCAAGCAGAUGGUCAUUGCGCAGACGGUGGACGAUGCCGGGGAUGCUUCGAGCACGACGGACUUGCGGCCGACCGAGCAGGGGUCUUGGCGUGGUAGGUACGGACGCGGGAUUUGA